CAAAAAGCCAACAUUGCAGUAUUAAUAAACUAAAACCGGAAGAAAGUGUCACGUAAUGUUUUAAUUUCUAUGGUAACUCCCCCAGUGUCUCGUGGUUCUGCGCAGAUCAACUGUCUGUCACGCGGAUCAUCAGCACUUCCGCGUUUACAGACGCGCUGGUGAAGUCAGCGAUAGGUCGCCUCAUCAUGAUCGCUAAAUUAAACUUUGGCUAUUUUCUUUUUACGUUUUUAUUUAUGUAUGUGUCUGCACAAUAUGUGCCACCGUACACAGAGGAUUGCAGAAGUGGCAUGUAUCCUCCAAAGGGGCCAACAUUCAAAGGUGAUGUUUCCUGGUAUACUGUUGAUCUGGACCUGCCACCAAGCAAAAGAUGGACAGAAAUUAUUACAGACAAAAAGAAUGAAAUGGUCAGCAUGAUUCAAGCUAUCAGAGAUCUGGCAGAUGCCUUUGUUCCCAGUGGGAAGCUCAUCGAUCUGGUAGAUAAGGGUUUGCCCUUGAUGGUGAACACCCUCCCCUACCCGUUCAAUGAAGAGAUUAAAGGAGUUGCAUCAGCGUCUGGGGUUCCUUUGGGUGAGGUGGUUCUCUUCAACAUAUUUUAUGAGGUGUUCACGGUAUGCACUUCUCUGGUUGCAGAAGAUCUAAAUGGCAAUCUUAUCCAUGCAAGAAAUUUGGACUUUGGACUUUUCAUGGGAUGGGAUAUGAAAAACAGGACAUGGAUCAUAACAGAGAAACUGAGACCGCUGGUUGUAAACAUCGACUUCAGACGAAAUAACCACACCGUCUUUAAAUCCACCAAUUUUGCUGGAUACGUGGGAAUGCUGACUGGUAUUCGUCCGAACACAUUCACACUGACUAUGAAUGAGCGAUUCAGUCUGGACGGUGGAUACAUUGGGAUCUUGGAGUGGAUCUUGGGAAAGAGAGAUGGCAUGUGGAUGAGUUUUCUGACUCGCUCUGUACUGGAGAACGCUACCAGUUAUGAGAAUGCCAAAGCCAUGCUGUCUGACACCAAGCUUCUGGCUCCAGCCUACUUCAUCCUUGGAGGAAACCAGACAGGACAGGCCUGCAUUAUUACCAGAUCCAGAACACAAAGCAUCCAUCCACUGGAAUUAGAUGUAAAGAAUGGCAGGUGGUAUGUGUUGGAGACCAACUAUGACCACUGGAAAGCUCCUCUGUUUUUGGAUGACCGAAGAACUCCUGCUAUGAAAUGCAUGAAUCAAACCACACAGACUAAUAUCUCUGUAAAGACAGUCUAUGAUGUCCUCUCAACCAAGCCAGUCCUAAAUAAAUUGACAGCAUACACUACUAUUAUGGAGGUGUCUAAGGGAACAUUGGAGUCUUUUAUUCGUGACUGUCCCGACCCCUGCAUGCCGUGGUGAUGGGCUCCAUCAGGACUUCAUUGCUAGGACAUUCGUCUACAUGCCAAGAUCAAAGAUCUUUAUUUAAAUCGCACUGAUUCAUUUCCGAGCAAACAACUACUACACUGUCAACAGAUUAUUUUAUUUCAGGAAAAAUUUUAAGGCUAUUUAUGUAAGGUAAGAAACAUUAAAUAUUAAUUUGACAUUUUUAACAAAUGCAGACCCUCCGUGAGGAAAACCCAUUUACUUGCGGUUUUAAGACAAGACGUUCAAAUGCCGCGAACACACCAUUUAGUUUAAUCAUCUAAUAUAAUGUCAUAUAUGGUAUUAAAAGACAUUUAUAUUUAA